AUGGAGAAUGCUCAGAAAAGAAUUGCAGCAGAUGGCGAAUCCAAACUUCCAGAAGAAAUCAUUGAGCACAUACAAUCUCUUAUAACUGAUCAAAGAGAUGCUGCUCGAACCUCUCUCCUAUCCAAGUCCUGGCACGACGCGUGGUUCACGCGUCCCAACCUCAGUCUCGAUCAAACCAAGUUCCGGAAUCGCAUAGAUGAGUUUCCCAUAUUCACGAAGAAGACUAUGCAGAGGUAUGAAGAUUUGAAUCGAAAUAUUAAGAUUUUCAAGCUGUGCUUAUUGGGAGGUACACACGAUUCUGUGGGUAGAGAAUUGAUUUUGAAAGCGAUCAAAUUGGGGGCUACUGAUCUCACCAUUGAAUUUCCAACCUCGGAUAAAAGUAGGUGUUUUGUUCUACCAGAUGAGGUGCUUGAAUCCGAAACCCUAGUUAGGUUAUCUGUUUUGGGGCUCACGAUUGAUCUCGAGAGGAGGAAUAAAGCGGUAGCUUGCUCGAAUCUUAAAUUCCUCAAGUUAACCCAUGCGAGUGUAAAUGGUGAUUUAGUUCGGGAUUUGAUUUCGAGAUGCCCAUCCAUCGAGGAAUUAACAGUUAUUCACACCACCAGCACCAGCACCACCACCACGAGCUCGUUUGGAAACGAGAGAAGAAGAUGGAGUCCCUCGCAUAAUCAGUUUGAUAAUCUCAAGUGUUUGCGUUUGAUUAGUUUGGGUGUUAAACUGCAUGAUUAUGAAGAGUUGUGGAACAAGUCUCCUUCCCUCAAAGUGUUGGUGAUUUGGGAUGACGAGUGUGAGCAUGUAAGAAUUUGCAGCACAUCGCUUGAGCGCAUAACCAUACGCUUAUCACGUAAUGAAAUCUGGAAAUCGGGGUGGAAUGGGGAGUUUGAUAUUCCAAAUAUUCGAAAUUUUGAGACGAGCGGUUGUAGCAUGCAAGUGCCGCGCAUCAAGAUCAAAAGCAGUGAUAAUAGGGAAUGGGAGAUCAGAAGCAGAGAUAUGCAGAGAAAUUGCAGCUUGGAACCUAUUGCUUAUUGCUUCUCUUCGUUGAACAAUCUUGUGGAAACACAGAGACUAUCUCGAUUUUCUCUUUCUAUUUUUCCCGAACUUUAUCCGUACGUAUAG